GCUCAGUGCUAUGUUAGCCGCACGUGAGGGAGGUCGGGCUAGGCGCUCACUCGGUUGUUGUGAAGUGUACUAGAAUUUCUUUCUUCGUCAGCUGACGGAAACAAUGGCAUUGGCAUCGCAGCACGAAAGUACAAUAGAUACAGCUAACUUAGAACGUUCCUCAUAUUCGAUGGCGUCUAACUGUAAAGCUGUACGUAUUGCUGACUUGAUUUAUUUAGCUGAAACAAGAGAUUUCCAAAGGUGUUUAGAAGGGUUACGUAAUGCGUACAUGAAUUUAGGUUUGAGUUUUGACGAUACUCUAUCUGUAAUAAAGAAAAUAGUAGAAAAGGUUCGAGAAGAUGUGAAGGACUGUUUGAGCAGUAUUGCUCAUGAUCCAAUAGUCUGUAGUGGUUGCUACAGCUUCAUGUUUGAAGCUGUAACGUUCCCGUGUGGCCAUACAUCCUGUGGCAACUGUUCAAAAGCAGCAUGUCUGUUGUGCUCCGAACGCUUCCAAUGUAACGAACGCCAGAAAAACAUAGUGAUUGCUUUAGUGGUAAAACAUUUCUGGUCUAAUGAAUGUCAAGGAAUAGUUCUGCGUAAUGCUGGAAGUGAUAAACUGAAACAUAAACUAUAUCGAGAAGCAGUUGAUUUGUAUGAUCAGUCUCUGACAAAAUAUCCAGGUGACCACAUCGCGCUGGCCAACAGGGCGCACGCGCUGCUGUGUCUGGGCCGCCCUGCCGAGGCGCUCGCCGACGCUGACGCUGCCAUCGCCAGCUGCCCGCUGUGGGCCAGAGGUCACGCACGACGCAGCAGUGCACUACAGGCCCUCGGCAGGGCAGAGGAAGCGUGCGCUGCCUUGCUGCUCUGUACCGCCAUCUGCGAGGACCAGGCAUCCCUUCAGUUCACGGAGGACCUGGCCAACAUGGUGCACCGUCUCCUGGUGGGUGAAAGCAAACGAAACAAGUCGCGGCGCCAGACCUCACUUCUUCACGAGUCUUCCUCUACCGCCACGUCUUCCCCCGAGCAUCUGCCGAGAGAUGGCUUUCUUUUCGCGUCAGGUUUUGCCUCCUCUUCCUCCACCUCCGCGAUGGACACAUCUGACCCACUUGGCCAUCACACGUCUGACUCACUUGGCCAUCAUACGUCAGACUCACUUGGCCAUCACACGUCUGACCCACUUAGCCGGCCUGCCUCUGGGUCCGGGCACUUCAAGAAGAUCUGGAAGGAACUGUCGCUGCGGACCUCCGACCAGCCGCCGCGCCCUCACUUCCUGAGGAACGUCCUUGCGCGGUACACCACCGGCAUCGAGGCUAUCAGGGAAAACUGCCAUGCAUCGCACACGAAGCUGCCUGUAAAUCACGACCUCAAGCCCGACGACCUGGAGUGCAGCUUGUGCAUGAGGCUCUUGUGGCAGCCUGUGAGCACCCCCUGCGGCCACACCUUCUGCCUCAGCUGCCUCAACCGCUCCCUCGACCACAGACCUUCUUGUCCUCUAUGCAAGGCUUCAUUGGUGAAGAUUCUGGCGGACCGACGCUUCUUGCAAUGCGAUUUUGUAGACGCCAUCACACGGAGGGUUUUUCCUGAAGAGUUUGCCGUAAGAGAAAAGCAGAUGCAAACGGAGCUUGACACGCUGUCCGAGGCAGGGCGGGACCCCAACUGCCCUAUCCCUAUCUUCGUGGCCACGGUGGCUCUUCCCUUUGUACCUUGCCCGUUACAUGUGUUCGAGCCGCGAUACAAACUCAUGAUCAGGCGCUGCAUGGAGUCGGGCACGCGUGAGUUCGGCAUGUGCGGACCUGUUGACAAUUUCGGAUAUUACGACUACGGCACAACGCUUGAGAUCAGAGACAUCCGCUACCUUCCAGACGGCAGGUCUGUCCUCAACACCGUGGGCAAGAGACGCUUCAAGGUGGUGCAGAGGAGCGAGAGGGACGGCUACAAUGUCGCCACUGUACAGUUUGUCGAGGAUGACACGUCGUUGCCGAUGGACGAGACGAAGAAGCUACACGACCAAGUGCGGCGCAACGUUGAGACGUGGCUCGGCCGCAUGCCGGCGGCAGCGCGGAGGCAGAUCUUUGAUUGUUACGGCGAGAUGCCGGCCGUCGAGCUCAACUAUUGGACCAAACCACACGGUCCAGACUGGUUGUGGUGGCUGGCUAGCGUCCUGCCCAUACACCACCUCACCAAGUACUCGCUCCUGGGGAUGGUGCAGCUCAGGCAGCGCAUCCUGCUGCUGCAGCAGAACCUCUUGCGCUUCCUUAAGGAUACCUGGAGGAUGGAGGUGCCCAAACCGUGACUAAAUGGAGGUGCUCAAGCCGGGACUAGAUGAAGGUGCUCAAGCUGGGACUAGUAGAAGGUGCCAAACCUCAACUAGAUGAAGGUGCCCAAACCGUGACUAAAUGGAGAUGCUCAGGCCGUACUAGAUGAAGCUGCCCAAGCCGUGACUAGAUGAAGGUGCCCAAACCGUGACUAAAUGGAGAUGCCCAAACCGUGACUAAAUAGAGAUGCUCAGGCCGUACUAGAUGAAGCUGCCCAAGCCGUAACUUGAUGAAGGUGCUCAAGGCGUAACUGGAUGAAGGUGCCGGCCUUCUCACUGCUCCUCGCCUUCUGAGACUACAGGUCACUUUGCAACCCACGCGAUAUUACCUGUUUUUUUUUUUUUUUUUGCUUCUGCGGUUGGCAACUGUGACUGCGUCUUACUUUCUUCCCAUAUUAACCAAAUAUUAUAGGCUAACUUAGAAAUGAAUGAGAGAGACGAACGACUAUGGUUGGGAUAUUGAGUGUUAUACACUAGUGACGUGUUUUCCUUUGGACCUAAACAGGUAGUUUGUUUCCGCUGCAUCAGACAAGCAUUGAUGCAAACGAUGCUGAAAUAUUGACUGCCGCACAUACAAUACGGAGACGGUAAACCCCAUUCGGCUUUGGAACGUAUAUUUUAUAGCUUUCCUCUGCCCCUUUCAUUUGUUGUGGUUAACUGAAAAAAUUUAUUUAUGAUAUAACUGGAAAAAAAUUGUUUAUGAUAUUUUGUUAUUUAUAUUUAAAUGAAAAACAACCGUACAGUUUUCGGCUAGGAAAGAAUAACGCAAUCGGUGUACAGAGAGCAGCGCAUUCACUGGGAUUACCCAGCAACUCAUGAGCUUGCUGUGAUAAUUGCUGAAAUAGUUUGUUAGUUAAAGAAUGGCAAAUAUACGUGAGUACUUUCUGAAUAUUUCCGUUGUCUGUUGUGUAUAUUUUCCUCUUUCUGUAAUCAAUAAAGAUUGUGUUGAUGGUAUAAUUGAUAAGUUCUCGGAGGCGAAGACAGUUAAUGGUGGCACACGACAAUACAUAAUUUGCAAUUCCGGAUGAAGUUUAAUAAUUUUAUUUGCUUGUCUUGAAAAUGGCGCCCAUCUAUACUGCACUUUUAUUUGAAUGUAUGUCGUUAUUCCGACGAACAUCUUACGUCGUAUAUAUUGUUUUUUGGAAUGUACGACGAUACAUAACGUGUCAUGCGGCCUUGAGCGUUCGUAGUACGUGGAAUGCACGAAGCAGCGACGAGAAUACGACACUUCCACCUUUUAUUAUUUUGAUCCUUCAAUAACAUGUUAUCUACUUGAGGGAACAGGGCAACAUGUUGAAGAAUUUAGAGAAUAUUUAUAACUUAUAUACGGUUUAUGACGGCAGAAGUGUCGGGGCGUCCUAGAUAGAUAGAUGCGCGUUCACACCCUAGGGCAUGUUGAAAAAAAGAUGUUGCAAAAUGCCGCACAUGCAAUGUUAUCAAUUACUGCCACAAGGCAGUACGUAUGUAAAUACGUACACAAAUACUGCGUCGCAGUUGCUACGUAUGUAAAUAGGAGGUGAAUGUAUGAUAACUCAAUAACCUUUAUAUCUUUAAUCCUCGCUAGUCUUGCAAAUCUUCCUACUUUUAUACUAUUUUACAUAACGAAACAAAUCGUUGAUAUUUACACUUAUUUAGUAGUAAAAAGCAGCAGGAUUAACGCUUUUCUUUAGCCCUUGCCAUUUAUUUUUCAAGUGGUUUUCCUCGUCCUUUAACUUACACCUUUAUAGAUUCCUCAGCUACAGUAAGAGAAAUAUGUCUAAAACUUUGUCCAAAUACCGAUGCAAUUUUAUCCAUUGUCUAGGUCAUCCUGCCCAUGUUGGCCGAGCAAAAGAAGAGCGUAUCUAUGCUACGUGCAGGAAGCGAGUCACUAUUUGAAAGAAAUGGCAUAUUAAUUUUCUGCACUGCAGCGGAGUGACAGCGACACUCGAGAUGAGAAGAGGUCCAAGCCCUGCAGCCUCCCCUCAAUAUUUCGUGUUGCUGGUGAGAGUGGCCGUGGGCGGUGCCGAAAACGAGGGUCAGGUUCUUGUAGGAUCGUAAAUUAUGAAAAAGUUCUUACUCGUACACGAGUGAGAGAACCAUCUGUAGUAAGGGAAACUUCAACGUUGGUUCUGAAUCUAUCAUCACAAUAUGGUGACUGUAAAUAUGGUGGUGUUUUCAUUUAAAUGCUGUGAAGAUUGCGUACUCUUGUCUGCUCACGUUUUAUUUAUCUAUUGUAAAUAAAUACGAUUUCAUACCCUAAUUCUAUGUAGUUUGUAGGCAUACUGUUAAUGUGUGUGUGUGCGUGGCGCCAGGGGCAUAGUUUUUUAUCACGAUGUUCUUGGCUUUUUCCUCCUUAGGUUUCCUUAUGAGCUUCUUAGCAAACGGUUAACAACUUUUCAGCAAGCUUCAUGUGUAUUUUAACCACUCUCAAGUUGCUUAGAUUCAAUUCAUAAUCCUCAGCUGCCAAUUGUGUACGUAUUGUAGUGCCUAAUCAACUUUCCGCCGGUCACUCAAUUCAUCACCCAAUGCUAAGCUAGUUAAUUCUUCCACGGAUGUUGCCAAAAAUAUUAUAUUUGGCUUAGUUAAGACUCACACCCUUCCUGUACCUUCGAAACAAUAAUUUUAGCCUUGGGUUUUUAUUCCCCCAGUCUGGAACCACCAGUUUAGUAUUAGGAUAUCCCUGUUUUUAGCUUAGUUUCCUGGCAUUGACGAACCAGUUUUUGUGCGUACCGCGGCUCGGAAAUCCCUUCGUCCGACUCGUAGGGUACAGGUGCCGUAAAUGCUUACAUGCUCGCUCAUUCAGGUUCUACAUCCAAGCUUUUGGAAUUUUUCGAUGCACUCGUGCGUCUAUGGGCAAAUUUUCUUCUAAAUUGCUAGCAUCUGCCCUUAGAUGAUUCCAUGGGCAUUUUUAAUCGUGUUUGUCUCGAUAAGGAAUAACUCACUUUGAUGCUCUGAAAGUUUGUAUGAAUAUUUAAGAAAUUUAUUCUACCUAUGAGUGGUCAGUCAUUCUCAUUGACAUGAGACAUCGCUAUACGGACGAAGCUCGACUAGCAUGUCCUGUGCAUGCAUUCCAGCCUUGCAGGAGACCCCCAUUAAAUCCUUCGAAGUGAA